GGUAGCUGUCAAAUUGGAACUCGUUGCGCAACGAACCGGUAACUUUUAGCUAUUUAUACGCCUGCACGUGUUGACAUAUUACAAAGACUGCAUUACCCUGCUAGCCAUUACAUAUCUAUCUCAGUCUGGUGCUUUCAAGCUUUCACAUUUUUGGAUUUGCAAGGCAGUGGGUGUGUUGAGGGCGAUCAACCCUGACGUUAUUCAGCAACAGUGAAAAUCAUGGCAGCAUCAGAGAGGACACCUCUGUUGGUAAAUUCAGUUGAACAGAAGUCACCGGAUCCAACCACUCCAAAAUCCCCGACUGGAACUGCCGAAUUUUCAUUUAAGAGAGUGGAUAGACGGAAGAAAUUCAUCUUAGUGUCUAUGGGCUUUGUUAACUUCUGCGCCUCAUGCUGCUUUUCAUUACUGGCACCUUUCUUUCCUAUUGAGGCUAGUUAUAAAGGAGCAUCACAGAGUGUGGUUGGACUUAUAUUUGGAGUGUUUGAACUUGUUAUAUUUAUUUCAUCGCCCAUAUUUGGCAACUAUAUAUCAAAGAUUGGAUGUAAAUUUAUGUUUGUGUCUGGUAUUAUGGUAUGUGGAUCAUGUGCUAUUUUGUUUGGCACACUAGACAAGGGUCCAGAUGGGACGAUGUUUAUAGUGAUGUGUUUUCUUUGUCGCUCCAUUGAAGCGCUUGGUUGCUCAGCUUUUGUUACGGCAUUGUUUGCCAUCCUUGCGCAUGAGUUCCCUGACAGUGUGAUUACAGUAAUGGGUUCAUUGGAAACAUUCAGUGGACUAGGGAUGAUGGUGGGGCCUCCUAUUGGUGGAGCUCUCUAUGAGAUUGGUGGCUAUGGACUACCAUUCUUUGUCAUGGGAACUGUGGUUAUUUUAUGCGGAUUGUUAACAACUUUAGUGAUGCCAAGAAUAGAAGACAACAAGAGGAUGUUUAAAGGAACUAUAUUUACACUGCUUAAAAGCCCAAUGGUGCUAGUUACAUUCCUGAACAUUAGUGCAGGCAGCGUCGCUUUAGGGUUUAUGGAUCCAACUCUAGCAAACCAUUUACUUCGGUUCGAUCUGAAGACAUGGAUAGUUGGACUAAUGUUUCUAAUUGCACCUGCAGUGUACGCCUUCACUGCACCUGUGUGGGGAUAUAUUGGGGAUCAAAAGGGAAUUGUUCGGCUGAUGAUAGGUGGGGGUAAUUUAUUCGCUGUUUUAGCCUGGUUGUUACUUGGUCCAGCACCAUUUCUCACCUUCAUUCCAAAUACUCUCUACAUCAACAUAAUAUCAUUAUCAAUGAUUGGUUUGGGUAUUGGCUGUUCAUUAAUACCAACAUUUAAAGCUCUACUUAUUGGAGCAAAUUCCUUAGGGCUACCAAAUGAUCUUGAUACAUAUGGAAAAGUUUCUGGAUUCUUUAAUUCAAGUUUUUCCUUUGGAGCAUUUUUUGGUCCAACUAUAGGAGGAGUUAUGGUAGAGAAGUUUGGGUUUCCGUGGGCGUCUACAGGUAUAGCAUGGAUGCUUUGCUUUGGGGGUGGGUUAAUGUUGAUAUAUAUUUGUGUUGUACCAAACUUGCCAAAGUUACCAGAAGAAACACCACUUGAUACUAACAUUAACAUAGAAAACGCAACAGUGGAUAACAAAAUAUUACCUUCUUCAGAUGUUGAAACAACUUUAUUAAAUUCAAAUGAAAAUAAAUACACUAUAGACAAAGAAACCCCUGUAGAUCAACAUGCUAUACAGAACAAAAGUGACUGUGAAGUAUAGUGCUGUAUAUACGAUAUUUUCUGUUAGUUGUUGUUUUGAGCCCAAAGCUCUUCUAAGGUUGUUUUGAUUAAGUUUUCAAUACAGUAGAACCUCAAACAUGCUAUUCAGAACAAAAGUGAUUGUGAAGUAUAGUGCUGUAUAUACGAUAUUUUCUGUUAGUUGUUGUUUUGAGCCUAGAGCUCUUCUAAGAUUGUUUUGUUUAAGUUUUCAGUACAGUAGAACCUCAUACCUGCUAUAUAGAACAAAAGUGACUGUUAAGUGAAAUGCCAUAAUGAGCCGUGCCAUGGGAAA